AGGUUUUUUCACACCACACCCUUUACAAUGUCACCAGAAUGCGCACGCGCAUAAAACCGUGGGUGCAGCGCAGAUCCAGCGCAAUCGCACGCACGACGCCGCGCCGACACAGCCGUCAGAAUGCGAGUAAUACUAUUCACGUUGGCCGUCCUGGCUGCAUUAACUUCAGCAGAAUCGGACAGCAAAGCGCGUAUAGUAUGCUACUUCAGCAAUUGGGCGGUGUACCGGCCGGGUGUGGGGCGCUAUGGAAUCGAAGACAUUCCAGUAGAAAUGUGCACGCAUAUCAUAUACUCCUUCAUCGGUGUCACGGAGAAGACCAAUGAGGUUCUAGUUAUUGAUCCUGAGCUCGACAUCGAGAAGAACGGAUUCAGCAACUUUACAGCCCUUAAGAAAUCUCACCCUGACGUAAAGUUCAUGGUAGCGGUGGGCGGAUGGGCCGAGGGUGGCUCCAAAUACUCUCAUAUGGUUGCACAGAAGUCUUCGAGAAUGACCUUCGUAAAGAGUGUUGUGGACUUCCUCAAUAAAUACAACUUUGAUGGUCUUGACCUUGACUGGGAGUAUCCUGGUGCGGCGGAUCGCGGCGGUUCCUUCUCAGACAAGGACAGAUUCCUCUAUUUCGUCCAAGAGUUGAGGCGAGCCUUUAUCAGGGAAGGAAAGAACUGGGAGUUGACAGCAGCUGUACCACUUGCUAAUUUCCGGCUGAUGGAAGGUUACCAUGUUCCUGAUCUUUGCCAAGAAUUAGAUGCAAUUCACGUCAUGUCUUAUGAUCUCCGAGGAAACUGGGCCGGCUUUGCAGAUGUCCACUCUCCGCUUUACAAACGGCCCCAUGAUCAGUGGGCUUAUGAAAAACUAAAUGUGAAUGAUGGUCUAAACCUAUGGGAAGAAAAAGGCUGCCCUUCAAACAAACUCGUUGUUGGCGUUCCAUUCUACGGUCGUUCUUUCACACUAUCAGCUGGUAACAACAACUAUGGACUAGGAACAUACAUCAACAAGGAGGCUGGAGGCGGUAACCCUGCACCUUACACUAAUGCUACUGGUUUCUGGUCUUACUAUGAGAUUUGCAUGGAUGUUGACAAGCCAGAAUCAGGCUGGACUAAAAAAUGGGAUGAGUAUGGCAAAUGUCCUUAUGCUUACAAAGGCACACAGUGGGUUGGCUACGAGGAUCCUAAGAGUAUUGAUAUCAAGAUGAACUGGAUUAAAGAGAAGGGGUAUCUUGGAGCAAUGACCUGGGCUAUAGAUAUGGAUGACUUUAGAGGUCUCUGUGGGGAAACUAACCCAUUGAUGAAACUUUUGCAUAAGCAUAUGCGCUCAUAUACUGUUCCUCCCCCACGCACUGGCAACACUACCCCAACACCUGAAUGGGCGAGACCUCCAUCCACACCUUCCGACGCAUCAGAAGGUGCACCCAUACCUACCACCACAACUGUCGCACCAGCUGCCCAACCGACCACAACAACAACCAAGAAACCUACUACACAAACAUCCACUCAGGCUCCAGUAUCGACUGAAGACACGCCUGACCUAGAGCAGCCACCUGCGGAAAACGAAGUGGACUUGCCCGAAGUAUGCAGCUCUGAAAACGAUUACGUCCCAGACAAAAAGAGUUGCGAUAAGUAUUGGCGAUGCGUGAACGGCGAGGGCGUUCAAUUCACGUGCCAGCCCGGCACCGUUUUCAACACGAAGCUGAAUGUAUGUGAUUGGCCCGAUAAUGCCAACCGGGCGGAAUGUCGCGCUUAGACACAUCACAUUUGCGUUUUUUACUUUAAAGUACAUAUUUAGACAUCUCAAAACACAUUUAAAUUAAACGAAAAACGUUGACAAUUUAACGAAAAAACUCAAAAAUAACAACACAAAUAUAUUGGAUUGUUAACCCGUUUUACAUUUUUUGUAACACUAAUGAUGAACAUUAUUUAUAUGCCAUAUCAUUAACUUUUACUUCUAUUGUCUUUUUAUGUACUUAUAAAGUACAAAAAUUGCAUAAAUAUAUGUUGGUUUGUGUGUAUUUUUUUAGUUUGCGUCUAUAUUAUAUUGUAAAUAAUUUAAGAUGAAAAUCUAAAACAGUUUCAUUCAUAAAUUUAAUUAUAAAAAAUAUAUUUGAAUAUUGUGAUUGAACUUGUUUUACAUAUUGUCAUUAUCAUUAAAUUAAUUAAGUGAAUACUCGAAAUUUUUCUAUGGAAAGACAAAAAAAAACUACCGAAAGAUGAACAAUAUAUAAAAGUGCUCAAAAUUUAGAUGUAAGCUAUUAUAGUUUUUGUGAUAACAUGAUACUUCUGACAAAUAUAUAUUAAGAAAAUAUUGUUCGAAACCUUUGUUAACGGUUAGAACCAAUUUAAUUGCAUUUAAAAAUAUAGUACUUUGUCAGAAAUAAACUGUUUCUAUCGCAUUAUUUAUUGUAACGUUUGAAGCUAAUAAAACA